AUGCGUCUAUUUUGUCUAUCUGUCAAUCGAAAAUAAUUUUGGCGCCAAAAAGCAGUUACUCGUUUUGGCGGGUUUGUCGAUUCGUUUUCCCUUUUGAAUAUUGUAGUCUUUAUUUCAGUCGAGUGCUUUUUAUAAAAUGGGUGAUGAUAAACGGCAUGAUGAAUACCAGUACCUAGAUUUGAUUCGUCUGAUUCUAAAUCACGGUCGUGUGAAAGAAGAUCGUACUGGUACCGGUACCAAAUCAUAUUUUGGGUGUCAAGCUCGCUUUAGUUUAAGAAAUGACACUUUUCCAUUGCUUACAACCAAAAAAGUUUUUUGGAGAGGCAUAUGCGAAGAACUUCUGUGGUUUAUUUCUGGAAGCACUAAUGCCAAUAUUUUAAAAGAAAAAGGUGUGCACAUAUGGGAUGCUAACAGCUCUAAAGAAUACAUGACAUCAAUUGGUCUGUCAUAUCCAGAAGAAG